AUGGAAAUCCUGGUCCCGGGAUUAGUUUCUGAUAUCAAACUCUGGCCGCAUUUUACAGUUCUUAAUAUUUCAUUGUUUUUUCAGAGUUUUAUGGAAGUUCAAACAAUGAAGCAGCAGUCAAGAAUUAAACAUCUUAGGAGAACAUGUGCAAAGCAUAGCAAGCUUUCCGAAGGACCGAUACCAAAAGAGACAUUAAAUCAUAUUUAUGUUAAUUAUAAAAUCAAGGGCCUUUACUGUUAUGUUCCGAAAGUUGCAUGUACCAACUGGAAGCGUGUUUUGAUGGUGUUAGAUGAUUAUUCCAAACCAAUUGAAGAUAUUACAGAGUGGGAAGCACAUGAAAACAACGGUAUGACAGUUUUAGCGUCAUUACCUGAAGAGGAGCAAAAAGCCGUGUUAACGAAUUUUACCAAGUUCAUGGUAACCAGGGAACCAUUUAUUCGCAUUCUUUCAGCGUACAAGAAUAAGUUUGAGAACUCGGACGAAUACGAUAGCAAGCCACAUUUUCAAUAUUAUGGCAAACUUAUCAUGGCGAAUUAUCGUAAGAAACCAUCGCAAACAGAUAUUGCAACUGGACGCGGCGUACGCUGGACGGAAUUCGCUGCUUACUUAACAGAUCCUCUCCAGCGAGACGAGUUUGAAAAUCAUUGGCAGGAUAUGAAUAGGAUUUGUUCGCCUUGUAAGAUAAAAUAUGAUUAUUUAGCCAAGCUCGAGACAAUAAAAGAGGAUGCAGAGUUCAUUCUGCGCACUUUCAACGUAUCCCAUAUAGUGACAUUUCCAAAAGCGCAUAUUAGCCACUCUACAUAUAGUCAAAACCAAUACAAUGAAUACUAUGACCAAUUAACUAUUGGAACGAUCAAGAAACUUUCGGAUGUAUACCGACUUGAUUAUGAGUUAUUCGGCUACCCUAAGCCUACUUUAUUUUGAUCUGGCGUACUGACUACAGACAGAAUUUCGAUUCGAGUUCAUAUUAUUACGGACACGUGAUGUUUCAAAGUAUGUACACUUGGACCAAUAAUAGUACGUAGUGGAUUAUGGUUUUAUGCUUUAUAAAUACCUCCUCAGGUGUAUGCCAUUUCAAUGCUUAUUCGUUUUAUUUUAAUGUGUUGUUGUGACGUCAUAUGAUUUAUUUUUGGAACUCGUUUUCAGCUAAUGUGAUACAGAAGUUUUUUCGAUUCUUAA